UGUAGUUCGGCAUUCUGCUCUCAACCCUUGUGAGCUAGUGCGCCCGUGGCUACCAUCAGUGGUCGCUUCGGGUGUCAUGACACUUACACGGCAACCGGGGGCUGCGAAGGAUGCGGAACUUUGCCUGGUUCGGCACUCGUAAACGCCCGCCAUUUCGAUGUCCGGGUCGUCCGGCCGCACCGGCACAGGUUCUCUAAGAAGGUUCAUGGCCCUGGGCAAUGUUUUGGUAAGAGCAAUUUGAUAAAUACAACAAUAUGUCCCCGAGGAAUACGCUUAGGUCCUGUUCUUUUUGUUUUCCUCCCUCUACAUGCCGCAUAGCCAGCUAAUCUCUAAUACGGCGUGCGCUUGUUAAUACCACUUAGUUCAACUACAGUCACUCCUUGUCCUCGUCCCCUUUCACAUCAUGAAGUUCAACCAGCUCGCCUCGCCCGCCUGGGCUCUCCUACUGUCCCAAGCCGCAGCGAAGCCCUGCGCCGAGGCAAAGAUCGACGUCGACGUCGCCAUCAUCGGCGGCGGCAGCGCCGGCAUCCACGCCGCGAUCCAGCUCAAGGACGCCGGCGCCAAGGUCGCCGUCAUCGAGAAGAAGUCUCAGAUUGGCGGCCACGCAGAGACCUACAUCAACCCGCAGACCAAGAUCCCGGCCAACGUCGGUGUCGUUCUCCUCGAGAACAGGGAGAUUGUCAGCAGCUACUUCUCCCGCCUCAACGUCUCGACCAUCAAGGCCAAUCCUCUCACCAGCGCCACCGCCGGCGCCUCAAAGAGCUACGACUUCUCGCUCGGGUUCCCUAUUCCUGCGCAAAACGCCUCGGCCUCGGCCGCGCAGCAGCAGGCACUCCAGGCCGCAGCGCAGGCCUACUCGACCAACGUGUUGGCCAAGUACCCCUGGAUUGACCAGGGCUUCCUCGUUCCCGACCCUGUGCCGGAAGAACUUACGCUCCCUUUUGCAGAGCUCGCUCAAAAGUACAACUUCACGGCGCUCCUGGCCGUCAUCGCCCAGUUCAACUGGUGGACCGGAGACAUCUCCACGAUCCCGGCGCUGUACGGCAUCAAGGGCCUCGGACCCGGUCUGCUCCAGAGUCUCUUUGGCGAGUUCAUCCUCUCCGGCAACGGUGACACCAGGGCCCUGUACGACGCCGCCGCCGCGGAGCUCGGCGACAGCGUCCUUCUCAACUCCGACGUCCUCAAAGUGAAGCGCGACGUCAAGAUCGACAAGGCCACCACCUCGGGCGUCACCGUCCUCGUCCAGCAGCCAGGCCAACCCAAGAAGCUCAUCCGCGCCCGCAAGCUCCUCAUCGCCAUCCCCCCUAUCCUGGAGAACGUGGCCAAGUACGACCUCAGCUCGGACGAGCACGCCCUCUUCUCCAAGUUCUCCGCCCUCGGCUACUGGGCCGGCGUCGCCACGAUCCCGGGCCUGAACACCAGCCUGACCAACGUCGGCGUCCAGACCCCCUUCAACCAGCCCGUCAUCCCCGGCACGAACGGCUUCAACACGGCCGGGUCCCCCAACGACUUCCUCGUUGCCGUCGGCUUCCAGGAUACGAACUACACCGAGGCGGAUGCCAAGGCCGUCCUCGUCAAGAACCUGGCUACGCUGGCUGCCGUCGGCGCCGUGCCCAAGGACGCGGCCCAGACGGUCACGUUCCCCUAUGUUUCGGACCACAAGCCCUACAAUGUCCGCGUCUCGACUGAGGAGAUCAAGGAAGGGUUCUAUGGCAAGUUGCUUGCUUUGGAGGGAGCGCGCAACACGUACUGGGCCGGCGCGACUUUCUCUGGUCACAACAGCGCACUGGUUUGGUCGUUCAACGAGGGGACGGUUCUGCCAGGCCUGAAGAAGGAUCUUGGUCUGUGAUGGAAAUAAGUCCUUAAUAGCGUGGCGAAGGAGACUGAAGCUUUAAAUGUGCAUAUUAGAGCCACGGAUGAAGGGUUACGACUCCUAGCCUACAUAGAAUAAUUAUCUCAAGAUCAAUUUCUGCGCCACUUUCAGUCUCUGAUACUCCUUGCUGAAACCAGUGAGACGACAAGCGCGUUUGUAAAUCCAUCGCCCCAUCUAUGAUGCAGGAG